AAUUCUAAGCCCCGCCCGCCGCUUUAGCCUCCCACCAAUCAGAGGGCCGCGUUGGCUGUGGGCGGAAUCAGAGACGAUUGAGUCCCGUGUACGAGCUGCAGGGGCCAGCUGUCCGACCCAGCGCCCAUUGGUGCCAGUCACAGUGCUGGGCUAACGUGCGGCGGUGCCUAUAGGCCGGAGAGCCGUGUCAUUAUCGGGACUCAGAGCAGAGAGAAGCACAGCCGGGGCCAGGGUGGAGAGAAGCGGGCUGGCAUGGAGGGGAGACCCUCGGUGAGCUCGGUGCACUGGUUCCGGAAGGGACUGAGACUACACGAUAACCCAGCCUUGUCUGCAGCCCUGCGGGAUGCCACCUCAGUCCGGUGUGUCUAUAUCCUGGAUCCCUGGUUUGCGGCCUCCUCCUCCGGGGGGGUCAAUCGCUGGAGGUUUCUCUUGCAGUCACUGGAGGAUCUGGAUACCAGUCUGAGGAAGCUAAACUCCCGCCUGUUUGUAGUUCGAGGGCAACCGGCAGAUGUCUUCCCCAGGCUGUUUAAGGAGUGGGGUGUCUCCCGUCUCACUUUCGAGUACGACUCGGAGCCUUUCGGAAAAGAGCGAGAUGCAGUCAUUAUGAAGCUGGCGAAAGAAGCCGGAGUGGAAGUCAUUGUGGAGAACUCGCAUACCCUGUAUGACUUGGACAGGAUAAUCGAGCUGAACGGACAUAGCCCCCCUCUCACGUACAAGAGGUUCCAGGCCAUCAUCAGUCGCAUGGAGCUUCCUCGCCGACCGGCCCCCAGUGUCACUCGCCAGCAGAUGGAGGCCUGCCGAGCUGAGAUCAAGCGCAAUCACGAUGAAACCUAUGGGGUGCCGUCUCUGGAUGAGCUGGGUUUCCAUAGUGAAAUUAAGGGCCCCAGUAUUUGGCCCGGGGGAGAAACAGAAGCGCUGGCACGUCUAGACAGGCACCUGGAGCGUAAGGCUUGGGUGGCAAACUACGAGAGGCCGAGAAUGAACGCCAACUCCCUGCUAGCGAGCCCUACGGGGCUCAGCCCAUAUCUGCGCUUCGGAUGUCUAUCGUGCAGACUCUUUUAUUACCGCCUGAAAGAGUUAUACAAGAAGGUGAAGAAAAACAGCCCUCCCCCACUGUCCCUGUACGGCCAGCUGCUUUGGCGGGAGUUCUUCUACACGGCUGCCACCAACAACCCCAAAUUCGACCAAAUGGAAGGGAACCCAAUCUGCGUUCAGAUCCCGUGGGACAAGAACCCAAAGGCACUGGCCAAGUGGGCGGAAGGAAAGACGGGGUUCCCGUGGAUUGACGCCAUCAUGACGCAGCUGAGGCAGGAGGGCUGGAUCCACCACUUGGCGAGGCAUGCCGUCGCCUGUUUCCUGACCCGGGGGGAUCUGUGGAACAGCUGGGAAUGUGGCGUAAAGGUUUUCGAUGAAUUGUUACUGGACGCUGAUUUUAGCGUCAACGCCGGCAGCUGGAUGUGGCUCUCGUGCAGCGCGUUUUUUCAGCAGUUCUUCCACUGUUACUGCCCUGUGGGCUUUGGGAGGAGAACUGACCCAAGCGGCGACUAUGUAAGGAGAUACCUGCCCGUGCUGAAGGCUUUCCCAUCCCGCUAUAUAUACGAGCCUUGGAGUGCACCCGAGUCGGUGCAGAAGGAAGCCAAGUGCAUUAUCGGUAUUGACUACCCAAAGCCCAUCGUUAACCACGCUGAGGCAAGCCGCAUGAAUAUAGAGCGCAUGAAACAGACCUACCAACAGCUGUCCCGCUACAGAGGCCUGUGUAUCCUGGCUUCUGUACCAUCCUGCAUGGAAGAUCUAGGGGGCCCCAUGGCAGACUCCAGCCAGAACAUAUCGGAAGCAGCUCCUAAACAGUCUCUGUGCAACGUCGAGUCCCCCAAACGCAAGCGCAAGGUGUCAGAAGAAGAGCCGCAUAUGAAAGUCAGGGUGCUGUGCGCCCCUGAGACAGAGAGGCCGGCAAAAGACUUCUGAGCGCCGCAGCGGAACCCCCCUCCCUGAUGAGCAGCUGAGACACAGAGACGCCCGCACCCAUAAUGGCAUUAGGACUAGCAGGAGGCUGCACUUUCCACAGGGGCCCCGAAUAGAUUUAACCUCUUAGCUCCCAGACGAGCGAUGCUGAUAUCAUUACUAGCUUCUCUGUCGGCCCUAGUUUAAAGCAUUCUCCAACCCCCAGCUCGGUAUUCGUCUUUAUCUGUAGAAGAGGUGUCCGACACGGGGGCCUCUGGCUUGCUGCGGAACUACAGCAGGUCCCGUGGGGUUGGUGGGAGUUGUAGUUCCCCAACCACUUUGGCGCUUCCAGCUAGAGAUCUGUGGCGUAGAUGGUGGAGGAUAUUUCAAGCCAAACUGCCUGUGCCGCGUCUGGCUCUGUACAUUGUAUAUAGGGUUACUAGAGGCUUGCUCAUUCCCAGGGUGCAACUCAUUCUGCCUUGGCAGGGGAGAGGUUAAUAUUGCAUGUAUUAGCAGAGCAGCGCUGCUGACGUGUAACCGCUCAUAUAUGUACAUUCUUCCCGUGUAUGUAAAUACAGAUGCUGUUUGUAUCAUAAAUGUAAUUUUAAAUACUCUUCA